AUGUCUAGCCCAAACCCAGAAACAGAUUCAUCGUCAAUGUUUAUGCAAAAAGGCGAUGGUAGAAAUACUAGAAGUCCCACUAAAUGUGAAUCAUCUUCCAGAAAAAAUUCCCUUGUUAAGGCAAGUAUACCGGCUGAGGUGAUUACUGUGAAAGAUUUUUUUGACUUCAUGAAAACAGCUUAUCAAGUUUAUGAGCAUCUAGAAGGUGAUGAGGACGAAGGGUCAAAAAUUAACUGGGAAGAAUUGACUAAGCUGACGGUAAUAAAUCAUGUAAUAGGACAACAGGAAAGAGAUCUUUUGCAACAAACUGCAUUCACUGGUCAGAAAACUAUAACGAGCCAAAGUGAUACAGUGAUUGAAAGGAAGAAUAGCGAUACUGAAAGAACCGAUAAGAGAUAUAGUUGUAGUGAAAUUGAAGGGCUAGGGCGUAAGCGUUCCUUGCCUCCAGAAGCUCGUGUAGAGAUGCUUGGCGUUUGGACAGAAGCUAAUUUAAACUGCAAAUUAAAUGACGUUAUAAAUGAAGGAAUUUUGGACUCUAUACUUCCAUACCUUGUCGGAUACAAAAAGCCUUCAAAAACAACGAGUGUUUACGCACCGAUUAUAAAAAAGUCACCAUCAAGUUCUUCUACUGAAAUCAAAAAGCCAGCUAGUUUUGGUGGUUUCGUCAAUGAAAAGGAGUCUUGGGAUCGUUUGGGUAGACGUAAAUCUUCCGUAACAGCAGCACAAGAUCGCGUAAAUCAGAAACAGGAAGGUGACGUUGAAAUUCAUGUCUGCGAUGAAGUAAAGGGUUUGAAGAAGGAUUUUAGAUGUCCCCAAAAACUGCUCAUAUCUAAAAUGGGCUAUUUUGCUGACGUAACGGCUGGCCAGCGUUUGGAAGACAUGGAUAUAUCUGUUCAUUGCGACAUCCAGAUAUUUGAUUGGUUGAUGAGAUGGGUGAAACGAGACACAAUACUCGUAGCAGAUUGGCCACUACUGGACCCACAGAAUGUUGUACCCAUUCUUGUAUCAGCUUCAUUUCUGCAGAUGGAGCCCCUACUCCACGACUGUUUGAUUUACUGUCACGCACACAUGAAUGAUAUAGUCAAGACUUCAACCAACCUGGCCUGCUUGAGCGACGCUCUUUUAACUAGGUUAGCGGCUAUGUACACAAAUGCGGAACUCGAAGCCAUCAGAGAUCGAAAAGAUAAAAUACAGUCCCGUCUUUACUGCAAGAUGAUCAUGUCACUAGCAGAACCCGUACCGGAAACAUUAAGGGGACAUUACGCAACACUCGCCACGCUAUUUAAGUGCAGCAAAUGCAACAAGCUGCUCGGUCGACACAUCGCUGGACAGGUCCCCUGCCAGCCUUCCUCCAUGCGGAUUGACAGACGAGGGAACGUCAUCUCGGAACACACCAAGGAUCCGUCUUGGAGUCUCAAUGAAUACAUUCGCUGGUUGUAUGGUGAGUUGCGAUCAUGGCGUCGCGUCUACUGGCGACUGUGGGCUGACUGUCACUUCCUACACUGUCAGCUCUGUGAUUCCUACUUCCCUGCUUAUCAGAUGGAGUGGUGUUCCCACCAUGAGCAGAGCCCCCAAAUGUUCGCUGUACAGGGUGCUCCGCUGGCGGCUGGACGUUACGCUUGUUGUGGGGAGAGAGCUUACCGAUUCGAGACACUCACCAGGAACACAGGCUGCCAGUUUAGAGAACAUGUCCCAGAAGAGCGCCUGCCCGCCGAUGCAGCAGUUAUGGAGAUCUACAGUCAGUUCCGGGACAUAAUCGCCAUGAGGCCUCCACAGCUCAUGUUCCCUGAACGGCUCACAAGACUGGUACCUAGAGAAGGCACGGUGUCAGGGGCUCGACUGCAGUGCUCGGAGGUAUACUGGUGGCAGGGCGUGCAGCUGGUACCACCUCGGGCUCCGCUGGGGCUGCUCGGACGACUGUACACCAGCGAACAGCAGUUCAACCCUCUGGUUCGCCCCGGCUCGCCCCCCGUCGGUGCGGUUCGUAGUUCCGCGCAGUCACUGGCUGGGAACGCCACAGUUGCUUGCCCUUCACCUGACCAACGAGAAGUUAAAAAACCAAAGGAAGAUAGUCCGAGAAGCAAACAAGGCGUUGGCAGCGGUUCACUAGAGGCGUGCGAGUCUAGCGACUCGAGCGAACAAAGCGAUGAUAGUGAUCGUAGCGACGAAGACGCGCCGCGACGGUCCAGGGCAAGGAGUAGGACCGCGCCUCCCGCAAGGAACACUGUCCCUCGACGUGGACGUGCGCCGGGUCGCGUGUGGGUAUCAACCCAGAGUGCUCGUAGUAACCAAGAUGGACAGAGGAGGUUCGAGGAGCGCGCAGCUUCACAUAUGAGGGCUGCUUUAGUAAGGAGACACCAUCACACGUCUCGAACAAGACCCCACCCGGGCGGUGUAUACGCUCGCUUGGAGGCGGAAUGGCGUGAACGUCAAGGCUGCGUCACUACAACACGGACGCGACAGGCUGCCGCCUCACGCGCACGACCCGCUAAUAAAUACAAAUAA